AUGGGUAAUUGCUUCAAUUAAGAUGAGAAUGCCAAAACAUCCCUAAAAUCACUAAAGAAAGUUGAUUAGUAAUAGUCUCAGUCCCUUUAAGACUUGGAUGCCAAUAAAAUAGCUUUAAAAGACUUUUUAAGUCAAGGCUAGAUAGGAAGGGUUAAGAAUGUAUGUAUAUUUUUAGGGUUAAUUUGGUAAGGUUUUUAGAGUUAAAAUGAAGAACAGCGCUCAAGAAUAUGCUAUGAAAGUAAUUAAAAAAUCGGAAAUCAUUCAAUUUGGAUUGGUAGAACAUACAAUGCUUGAAAAAAGUGUGCUUAUUCGUAGUAAAAACCCUUUUGUUGUCAAGUUAAAAUACUCAUUCUAAACAGAUUAAAAGCUAUAUUUAGUUAUGGAGUAAUAAGUUCAUAUGGAAAAUUUAGAUUAGUCACUGGAGGUCAGCUUUCAAAGAUUCUUAGCAAGUACUAUUAGAAUCGGCUCACAUAAGUUUAAGCUUAGUUCUGUGCUGCUGAAGUAGUUCUUGGAUUAGAAUACAUACAUGAGACUUUGAAAGUUGUAUAUAGAGAUUUGAAACCAGAUAAUAUUUUAGUUACUCAGGAUGGACAUUUGAAAUUAACAGAUUUCGGAUUAUCAAAAUAAUACGACAAGUAGGAUAUGAAGUUCUUUACUGUAUUAAUUAGAUUUAUUUAUAAGUUUAGUUUGUUGGUACACCUGAGUACAUAGCCCCAGAAAUUUUGUUGAAAUCUGGACACAAUACAUCUGUAGAUUGGUGGAGUCUAGGAAUAUUACUCUAUGAGAUGCUCGUAGGUUAUACACCAUUUAGAGAUAAAUCUAAUAAUUUAAGGAUGAUAGAGAACAAAAUUAUCUAAAAUGAGAUAGUAUUUCCAGAUUUCCUAUCUACUGAAGCCAAGGAUAUCAUAUCUCAAUUGCUAAAUAAAGAUCCCCGUAAUCGUUUAGGUAAAGUUAAUUUAAACAUUAAGGGAGUAAGUCUGUAGAUUAAAUAAAGAAACAUUCAUUUUUUUCUUAAAUUAAUUGGGAUGAUAUCUAUCAUUUACGAACAAAAUCGCCAAUUUUAGAUGGUCUAGCAAAGAUAUUAUAGUAAAAAUCAAUAGAAAGCAAGAUUGAACCAAAAAAAAUAUUCGAAACUCCCCAAUCUUAAAUAAGAUAAACAGAUGGUUAAUUCGAAGGUUUCUCUGUUAAUCAUGAUGAAUAUUGAAAUGUGC